AUGUUUCCCUGGUACUCGGGCACCUCGGCGGACCUGCUGAAGACGCUGUUCGACCUCAUGGUCUCGGUCAAGGUCUUCCUGGGCCGCUUCGACAUGCGCACCAUGCAGGUGGCCACCGCCAGCGAGUGGGUGGCGCCCGACCCCACGCCCCAGGACGGCGACGGCUUCACCUUUGAGCACCUGGCCGAGGGGCGCGAGCUCUGGUUCGACUUCUGCGCCGACACCGAGGAGACGUACCGCACGCGCCUCUUCUCGCUGUACGAGGCCGCGCUGCCGCCGCCCCCCCACGUACACAAGGGCCACCUUGUGGUCAACAAGCCGGACGUUGGGCGCGGGCUGCUGUGCCACAAGGCCACGGCGCUGCGGCGGUACGAGGGUCCGUCUUCCUUUGCCAUCCCCGGCAACCACGACUGGAUCGAUGGGCUGGAGACCUUCUCCCGCCACAUCCUGCACCGCGGCUGGCUGGGGGGCUGGCUCCUGCCCCAGGAGAAGUCGUACUGGGCGCUCAGGCUGCCGGCGGGGUGGUGGGUGUUUGGCAUAGACCUGGCCCUCGUGGACGACAUUGACACCUGCCAGUACAAGUACUUUGCGCGCGUUGCGGAGACGCGCAUGGCCCCCACCGACCAGGCCAUUCUGAUCAUGCACUGCCCGCGCUGGCUGGUGGACUGGUUCUGGGGCACCGACACCGCCAACAACCUGCGGCAUCUCGUGCGCGGCCCUCUGCGCGGCCGCGCGCGGCUGGCCGUGGCGGGCGACCUCCACUUCUACAUGCGCCACUCCUUCCAGCCCUACGACGCGCCAGGGGCCAGCUCCAGCCUGGUGCCCAGCGCCGCGUCCACGCCCGCCGGCGGGUCGCCGGUCGGGGGGUCGCCGGGGUCCAGCCGCGCACCCACGCCGCGCCCCGACGCCAGCGCUCCCGCCGGCGUGUCGCCCACUGCGGGCUUCGGGCGCCCCGGCGCCUCCUCCGGCCUGCGCGGGCGCUCGCCGGACCCGUCGUGCCCGCCGGGAGGCGAGUACCGCUGCGCCGCCGCCUACCCCAGCGCCCAGCAGUCGGAGAGCAUCGGGCGGCGCAACCUGCACAUGUUCCGAAACAUGAACACCCGGUUCGACGUGAUCGGGGGCGCGCUGUACUACCUGCUGGUCGUCUCGGUGCUGCCGCGCUGCCGUCACCUGGCGGCGGUGCUGGAGGCGCCGGAUUGGGGCACCGGCCUGAGCCUGCUCCUGGGUGCCGCGGCCGACACCGUCAGCGACAUCUUCCUGGAGUCCUACGUGUCGUUGCUGGCCCUGCUGUGCAUGGCCGCGCUGGCCCUGGGCUUUGCCGCCACAGGCGGCAUCGGCGCAAAAGGGGACGCGACGGCCGCAGACCGGCAGCGCCCAGAGUUCAAGGGCAGGGGCCUGGCCGUGCGUGCUCGGCUGGGUGGCUUCACCACCCGCUUCCUGUUUGCGAGCCUGCACUGUGCCGCGCACGUGUGCUGCGCGGUAUUCCUGCUCCUGUUGCUGGAGCUGGGCAUCGAGACCGUGAUCCGGCACGAGCAGUUGGGGCGUGAAGGGUACCACAGCCUGUACAAGUGGUACCGCCAGUACGAGGCCGCCCACUUCCCCGACCCCGCCGACAUGCGCGGUGCGGCGGAGCGCUGGACCCUGGGCCUCUACCCGGGGGCCAUCAAGUGGGCCAUGGCGGCCUUCGACGCGCCCGAGGCCAUCGCCGUGUCGCGCGACCUGCUGUGCGCGGGGCGGGAGCUCAACCGCCUGCAGGCUCUGGGCUACUACGGCGGCGUGCUGGCCUACUACUGGCUCCUGGCCACGCCCACGGUGGCCCUGGUGUUCGGCGCCUACCUCUACAUUUGCGUCAACUGGUUCGGGGUGCACUACGACGAGGCCUUCAGCUCGCUCCAGGUGCCAGACCACAAGGGCUUCCUGCGCAUGCACAUCACGCCCGCGGGCGACCUGGAGAUCUUCUCCCUGGGCCUGGACACCGUGCCCAGAGCCUGGCGGGAGGACCCAGCCUGGAGGGCCCCGGGGGGUGGGGGCGACGCGGGCGUGCCGGGCUGGCGCGCACGCCACCCCUCACGCUGGGUCCCGGUCGAGGUCAGGGGCGGGUACACCCUGCGCGGCACGCCCCCCGAGGCAGCGCUCAAGGUGGUGGACUACCUGCACGUCCCGCGCCAGCGCCCGGUGAUCGUGUGA